AUGAGAUCAGUGAAAGUUGACGCUCCUAAUUUUGAUGGUGAGCUAAAUCCUAAAGCACUCCUCGACUGGUUAGCUACCAUGGAUCGCUAUUUUGAGUGGCAUGACAUGCCUGAAGCUCGAAGGGUGAGAUUUGCUAAGAUAAAAUUGAUGGGUCAAGCUGGUGAAGAACCAAUCAUCCAUUGGGGUGAGAUGAAAGAAAGGUUGAAGCAGAAAUAUCUACCAUUAUCCUAUCAAUAG